GGAUCGACAUUUGACGAAUAUUUCGAAGGAGCCCUUGAUAUAUUAAGUCGGUCUGAGCGGACUGUUUGCACUUACCAUCUGCCAUUCAUUAGGUUAAUCCAUCUUUCUCUCUUUCAUCAAACUCUCUUCUUAUAGAAUAAUUGUAAAGAUGAGUUCUUCUAUUCAACCUAUCAAGCAAAACGCUUCUAUGGUCGUUUUUGGCGCCUCUGGAGACUUGGCUAAAAAGAAGACGUUCCCUGCUCUUUUCUCCUUGUAUAAAGAUGGCCGUCUUCCCCAGGAUUUGGUAAUCGUGGGUUAUGCGCGCUCUAAAAUUGAACCUAAUGACUUCAUCGAACGUAUCACCCAAUACAUCAAGAUUGACGAUAAUGACUCGGAAACCAAGCAAAAGCUCGAAGAAUUCAAGAAAAUGUGCACUUACUACCGUGGCUCUUAUGAUGAAGUUGAAUCUUUUCAAGGUCUAAAUAAGCAUCUCUUAGAACGCGAGGGUGACCGUACUGAGCGCAACCGCGUUUUCUAUCUUGCUCUUCCUCCCGACGUCUUUGUACCCGUCGCUACCCAUUUGAAGCAACAAUGCUAUCCUGAAAAGGGAGCUGCCCGUCUCAUUAUCGAAAAGCCCUUUGGAUUCGACCUUGACUCUGCUCGUGAGCUUCAAUCCAAGUUGGGUCCUCUUUUCCAUGAGAACGAGGUUUACCGUAUCGAUCACUACUUGGGCAAAGAGAUGGUACAAAAUCUCGUUCAUCUCCGUUUCUGUAACCCUAUUUUCUCUCAAUUAUGGAACAAGGAUUCUAUUUCCAACGUCCAAAUCACUUUCAAAGAGCCCAUCGGCACAGAAGGCCGUGGUGGUUACUUUGACUCUAGCACCAUCGUUCGUGACAUCGUUCAAAAUCACCUUGUUCAAGUUUUGUCUUUGAUUGCUAUGGAACCCCCUACAACUCUUUCUGCUGAUGACCUGCGUGAUGCCAAGGUUCAAGCUUUACGCCGUACCCGCCUUGGUGAACUACAAGAUGUCGUCCUUGGCCAAUAUAUUAAGAGCAAGGAUGGCAAGCAUCCAGGUUACUUGGAUGACGAAACAGUACCUAAGGGUAGUAAGUGUCCAACUUAUUCCGCCAUUCCCAUGUUUGUUGACAAUGAUCGUUGGGAUGGUGUACCCUUCCUCUUGAAGGCCGGUAAAGCCAUGAACGCUGGUAAGGUUGAAGUACGUGUUCAGUUUAAGCCUGUUGCCAAUGGCUUGUUUAACGAUGCUUAUCAUAACGAAUUGGUCAUUCGAAUCCAACCUAACGAGGCCGUUUAUCUCAAGAUGAACAUCAAGCAGCCCGGUAUUAGCUCCAAGCCUUUACUCACCGACUUGGAUUUGACUUACAAGAACCGCUUUACCAACAUGAAGUUGCACGAGGCUUAUGAAGCCUUGUUCUUCGACGCUUUUGCUGGUGACCAAUCCCGUUUCGCUCGCAUCGAUGAACUCGAAUGUGCCUGGACUUUGGUAGGCCCUCUUUUGCAAUAUAUGGAGAAGGAGAAGCCUGAGCCCAAGCCUUACGAGUAUGGUUCUGAAGGACCAGACUGUUUGAAUGAAUUCUUGCAAAAGUUUGGUUACUCAUACGAUACCCCUGAUUACUAUGAAUACCCUGUGACAAAUUUGCCUGAAGACAAGUAAAUGAGCUUGCUCCAUUCCUUUAAAAAGAGAGUAUUUUUUAUUCCCUUUUUAAACUGUACCUAGUUUUAUUAUUUGGACAACAUUUAACUUCCGUUUUUGGUCUAUGUAUUAGUUUGGUCAUUUUAGAUGUUGUAUGAGCUCUUCGAUCCCAAGGCCCGUUGAGUGAUUUAGAACUAUUUAGAAGGGUUUGUUUCUGUUUUGUUUCAUUGUGUGUUAUGACAAUUUAUUACUUCAGGCUAAAGUACUUGAUGCUAUAGCUUUCAAUAAACUGCUUUUAAUGAAAAAC